AUGUAUUGUAUUGUAUCUCAUGAAGCUCUUUCAUUGCAGGUCUACAAGGGACAACACAGAACCUCUGGAAAGACUGUGGCAAUUAAAACCAUAGAAAUGCACGAUAUCAACAAUAGAGGUGUAUUUCAGUGUGUUGCCCAAGAGCAGCGCAUCCUCCGGCUGAUCGACGAGGAGAAAUGUCAGUUCCUUACCAGUUUACUCUGCUCCUUCCAGACUGAAGAUCAUUUGUGUCUGGUUAUGGAGUAUGCGGAAGCAGGAAACUUAGCAGCAUUCACGGCUCAACCUGGAAUGCCACUUGAGAGAGUUCGAUUCUACUCCGCUUGCAUGGUUCUAGGACUGCAGUUCUUACAUGAGCACAAUAUCGCCCAUCGAGAUCUAAAACCAGAGAACAUAUUGCUGUAUGGUGAUGGUUAUGUCAAAAUUGCAGACUUUGGGAUCAGCGAAUUAGGAAUGAACUUUGACACCAUAACCAAUGGCGAAUGUGGAACCAUCUUCUAUAAGGCCCCAGAAUUAUUCCGUGGUCAAUACACAAGAUCAGUAGACUGGUGGGCACUGGGAGUGACCAUUUAUGAACUGCUCACUGGAAUCGUACCAUUUAAUGGAACAACUACACUUGAAAUUUAUGUAAUCAUCAAAAGCGAGGAGCCAAAAUAUCCAGAAGAUAUAACUGAGGAUACGCUCAGUAUAUUAGUAAAUCUCUUAAAGAAAGAUGCACAGCUUCGCCUUGGGACAGGUGAACAUGGUACAGAGGACGUGAAGAAGAGUCCAUUCUUUGAGGGAUUAGACUGGGUGGCUCUUGAAAAUAAAGAAAUCCAGCCCCCAUUUAUCCCUGAAAGAAGACCACACGAACAACCAGAAGCAGAACUCGAAUUAAAAACGGAGGUUAAAGCAAAACUGUGGGAAGACACCCAAUGGGGAUUAGAUGACCUGAAAUACCCCAUGGGUUCAUCUUCUGAUAGCGAAACAUAAACCUACGUGGGCUGCUUUUUACUCCCAGCCCUGGUGCAUAGGCAGCACAAGCUAUACAUUUGUUAAAAAUGUAUAUAUGUCUAUUUUUAUUUGUAUAUUGCUCACAAACCCCUGUCAAUCACUGGAAGCGACAUUUCAAACACUAUCGGAAUAUAGCCAAAUCUCUUAUUAUAAACU